CCGGUGUCCUUUUCCCUUCCAUCCAUCUUAAAGGAAGGAAGGAACCGGCUAAGUUCCCCUGUGAGGGACACACCCAGAUUUCCCUCUAGCUUGGGGAGAGGUCCUUCCCAGAGGCCCGGAGUCCCUCCUGACCUCCAGGGUGCCAGUUCGAGUGCGUGGGGGUGAACUUGAGGCUGGUGGUUGAGGGAGAUAAGGAGCUCGCAUGUGCCAGAGAGGAGCUGGGUGAGAGCACACGCCUAAGGCUUAGGCCCUGUCAGCAGCAGAGGCCACCAACAGAGUCACUGUGCAUGAAGAAAUGAGGAGUGUCGCCCGCCAAAACAGAUCCUCCCUAGCCAGGAUGGAGGCUGUUAUGAACCUGUACCAGGAGAUGAUGAAGCAUGCAGAUCCCCGGGUCCAGGGUUACCCUCUGAUGAAGUCCCCCCUGCUAAUGACCUCCAUCCUCUUGACAUACGUGUACUUUGUACUCUCACUUGGACCUCGCAUCAUGGCUAACCGGAAGCCUUUUCAACUCAGAGGCUUCAUGAUUGCCUACAACUUCUCACUGGUGGCACUCUCCCUCUACAUUGUCUAUGAGUUCCUGAUGUCUGGCUGGCUGAGUACCUACACCUGGCGCUGUGAUCCUGUGGAUUAUUCCAACAGCCCUGAGGCACUUAGGAUGGUUCGAGUGGCCUGGCUCUUCUUCUUCUCCAAGUUCAUUGAGCUGAUAGACACCGUGAUCUUUAUUCUCCGGAAGAAAGAUGGGCAGGUGACCUUCCUGCAUGUUUUCCAUCACUCAGUGCUUCCCUGGAGCUGGUGGUGGGGGGUAAAGAUUGCUCCAGGUGGAAUGGGCUCUUUCCAUGCCAUGGUAAACUCCUCUGUGCAUGUUAUCAUGUACCUGUACUACGGAUUGUCUGCCCUUGGCCCUGUGGCUCAACCCUACCUUUGGUGGAAAAAACACAUGACAGCCAUUCAGCUGCUCCAGUUUGUCCUGGUCUCACUGCACAUCUCCCAGUACUACUUCUUGCCCAGCUGCAACUACCAGUACCCAGUCAUUAUCCACCUCAUCUGGAUGUAUGGCACCAUCUUCUUCAUUCUGUUCUCCAACUUCUGGUAUCACUCUUAUACCAAGGGCAAGCGCCUGCCCCGCGUACCUCAGCAAAAUGGAGCUCCCAGUAUUGCCAAGGUCAAGGCUAACUGAGAAGCAUGGCCUAGAUAGAUGCCCACCUAAGUGCCUCAGGACUGCACCUUGGGCAGCAUCCUUCAGUGUCCUUCCCACCUACACCUGUGACAAGGGCUCAGGUGGUCAGGACUGAACAGGGGACUGGCCUUGCCCUCCCCACAGCUGGUCUCCAAGGACCACUGCCUUCCAUUCCUUACACUUCUGGCGGACAGCUCCAGGGAUGUGGCCUCAUUGCCCUCUGCCAUUUCAGAGCUGGGGGUUGAAAGGGCUGGACACUUACUUCCCCCUCUCUGCUUUAAACUUGGGAGAGGAAUACUCAGGGCUGGCCCCCACCAGGGUCUUGUGGCCUUUUUCCUCACAUUGAAGAGGUCAGCAAUAAUCUGUCACUAUGGACCCAGGCUCCCUCUUCCACCCCACACUGAAGCAGGAGCUUCUGGGCCAAAGGUCAGGGUAUGUGGGGGGAUGCUGGGAAUGUAGCUUGUGGAGGCUACCUACUCACUUGUGUCUUAAUUAAAGUGACAGAGGAAACCACCAA